AUGAUCCAACAAAAUUUGUGUCAUAAAAACAAGGUAGAGGCUAAAAGUGAAAAGAGUGGAUCGUUUCGCCUCUGCCUAGACGAUCCACUUUUGGAUCAGCCUCCCUUUAGUCUCCUCAAUGAAGAAGGGAGGCCAAUCCAAAAAGGCUUGCAAAUUUUGUUCUCGAGUUUAUCUCAAACCGUGGAAUGUGGAAAAGAUCUGGAUCUCCUAACAUCUACCACCUACCGGAUUGGAUUUCCAACAGGCACGACGGAUAUUGUCGUUGACUGCGAAAUUAAGGAAGACCUGAGGAAAUUUCCACGCUUUAAAAUUAUUCGCCUGCACAAGCAUUCGAAAGUUCCAUGA